GCUCUCAGCACGCUGGUUGGGGCUCUGAUUUGUAGCUUUUUGCUUGGGUAAUUUUAACCGAAACAAAAUAGUUAAUGUUAAAGCAAAGUUACUCAAAUACUGAACACAUGUUUGAAAUGAACAUCUUUUCAUCUUAUUUCUAAAUAAUGGCAAGUUACAACCUGUGUGUCCAUACCACUAAUGCACUACAGACUAGUGCUAUUAUUUAUGUUUGUAAAUUGUUGGGAUACUAGAGAUUGAAAUCUCAGAUCAAGUAGCUUCAUACGGUUUUCAACUUUUUUUAAAUCAAUACAUUUAAUGCUAACAGUUCGACGAAUAAAAAUACAUUUUAAUGAAUGUUAUCCUAAGGCAGAAAAUGUGAUCCAGGGGGAACAGAUAAUGCAUUAUUACAUUGUACCGCAGACUAGUGUGUGAGUCUGUUUGGUCAUGUUUUAGUGGCUUUUUAUAGAUUUAAAAUCUAAUUUAUUGUAUCGUGUGUAUUGCAUCGGGUUUUUGACAUUUUACGGUCGAAUAUGAAGAUUCAAAUAAGCAUCAAAACAAUGAUUUACAUAGUAUUGAGUGUGUGUGAUACUUCUAAACAAACUGACACAAAUUAUUAUCAAUAAUUUGACUCUGAUACGACUCUACAUUUCAAAACCAGUUGAGAGAUGCGAUGAAAUACGGGCUCAAAUAACAUGAAUGAAUAAUAAAACGCAUCGUUCAAGAUAAGUAUUUUUAAGGUUCUGCGAAACAGUGAAAUAUCGCAUAAUUUAGAUUUCAAUAACUUGUUUAGCUGUGAGCGAAUAUAUGAUUUGUUUUGGUCUUACUUGGCUUUUUAUGUUGUCCUUUUUGUAGAGAUUCUGUACACAUUGCGGUCGGUUGUUUAUCGAUUCCAUGUACUCUUAUUUCAUAUACUUAAUUUUCAUAUUUUAUUUUGUAGCAUUUGUAAGUUUCCCAGUUCUUCUUUGGGGAAUGGAAACAGUUUGCAUAGGAUUACUAACUACUUAUCUGUAACUAUAGUAAUUAUGUCACUGGAAAGGUGGGUUAAGAUGCUGCUGUUUACGAAACAUUAGCACAGCUAGCUGAGUUAAACAGGAAGCUAUGUAUCAAUUGCAUUAAGUUAAUGAUUAAAUUAAUUUCUUGCCUGCUCGCGACGAAGUAUGUAUUUAAAGUGAACAAUACGGAGGGAACGAAUCAGUUUCUUUAAUAGAUCAUUGUGUAGCUCUGUGUGAGUCCGUUAUAUACUUGAAACAGAGCAGAUGACGCAAAUCGCUGGCUAUGCUAACAUCUUUUUGGUUUAAGUGUAUGGAUGGCAUAUGGCGUUGCUUUGUUGUCUGAGGUUUAAAAACAAUAUGAUGCAGAUUUAUGUGAAAGUAUAAAGUCAUGUUUAUAAUAGUAAAAUAAAUUAUAUCUGUCUAACAGCAAACAUACUAUUUUUUGGCUAUUUGUCAGCAAUUGCGAGCAAGCUACUAGUGGAAAAAAAGUUCUUAAAGAAUUUAUUGCAUGUUUUACUGGCAGAUAUAAAUGAAUAAAGGCAACAAAAUAACGAGGUUUAGGAGAUUUAGUAUAAGAAGAUGUGUCUGAAUUCUGUGUUUGCAGGAGGUGGGAGGGCACAUGAGUUAAUGUAAGUGAGGGUCUGGGGUGAUUGCAAUUACAACUGUGGGAAACCCUGAAAAGCGCGAAUGUCGGCGCCCCUCUAUAAGAACAGCAUAUGGCCCACAAAUCCAUAAUUCAGAAGACGACAUAUCUUUCUUCCUUGAUACUUUAUAGACAAUAUUAGUAAUUACAGAGUGAUAUGCUUAUUUAAUUAUCUGGGACUUUGUACCCGUGGGUAAAGUAUUGGUUCUACUGUGUCUUAGGUUGUAUUUUAUGCAUUUCUGAACUCUGGCUCGUGGUGCCGCUGUUGAUCGCUGGGUGGUGGUGGGUAAUAUCAGACCGGAGGCUCUCCCUCACUAUCGCGCAGUAGGAGACACGGAGAGCAGUUCACUGUGCGCGCGGAGUCCGCUUCAUUCAGCACGGGCGGCUGGCAGCUCUGCGAUAUUUCCGAUCCACUUAACCAGGAUUAAUUUGUUAUUUUCAAAAUAUUCUUUUUUUGAGUCUAAAGAAGUUGAGGAUUAUUUCAAAAUAGGCGGGAAAUUGUUUUGUUCUCUGCGAUAAGGACAACAACUAACCGGACAAUGAGACGGGAAGCAGGCUUACUCAUUGCGAGUGUGUGCUAUAUUGGCGCAGUUGUCGGCCAUGUUAGGUACUCUGUACCGGAGGAGAUGACAAAGGGCUCCUUCGUUGGAAAUAUCGCUCAGGAUUUGGGGUUGGAUACUAAGCGGCUGCUUGGCGGAAAAGCUCGGAUAUUUGCCGGAGACAAUAGUGAGUAUAUCGACCUGAUUGGAAAAAGAGGAAUACUGGUCGUAAAAGAAAGGAUAGAUAGAGAAGCACUGUGCGGACUGACUUCGCCUUGUUCCAUACAGUUCGAGAUUGUCCUUGAUAAUCCAAUAGAAUUUCAUCGAGUAACGGUAGAAAUUUUAGAUAUUAAUGACAACCAUCCUGUCUUCCCGAAAGACGAAAUAAGGUUAGAGAUCAGCGAGUCUGCUCUACCGGGCGCAAGGUUUGUGCUGGAAAGCGCCGUGGACCCUGAUGUGGGUGUUAACACACUGCGGAGUUAUGCUCUGAAACCCACGGAUCAUUUCGCAUUAAAAGUGGAUUCUCAGCCCGAUGGCAGUAAAUAUGUCGCGAUGGUGCUUCAAACUCCACUCGAUCGGGAGAAAUCAGAGGAAAUGUCGUUACUGUUGUCCGCUGUAGACGGCGGGGAUCCUCAGAUGUCCGGCACUGCUAAAAUACAUAUAACUGUGCUGGAUAGUAAUGACAAUCCCCCAGUUUUCACACAGGGCGUGUAUAAAGCUUCUGUAUCAGAGAAUGCGCCGAAAGGCACAUUAAUCACGACUGUGAGUGCUUCUGACGCAGAUUCUGGGUCUUACGCGUACAUAACAUAUUCAAUUCCGCACAGUGCGGAGAGUUUGGGAGAGAAAUUUACUAUUGAUGAGUUGACUGGUGAAAUAAAACUAUCUGGAGUACUUGAUUUUGAGAAAACAAAACAAUAUCAGCUCAAUGUUCAAGCCAAAGAUGGUGGUGGUCUUUCUGAUACCGCUAAAAUAAUUAUUGAAAUUAUUGAUGUCAAUGAUAACGCACCAUCAAUAGCAAUAAUGUCCUCGUCAAAUUCUAUACCAGAGAAUGCAUCACCGGGCACCGUCAUUGCUGUGAUUAAGGUUCAAGAUUCUGACUCUGGAAAUAACGGCCACGUCCAUUGUUACAUUAACGACAAUGUUCCAUUCGAAAUCACGUCGUCUUCCGAUAAUUUCUACAGAUUGCAGACAGAAACGCCAUUAGACCGAGAAACAACUCAAGAAUAUAACAUUACAAUUACAGCAACUGAUGAAGGCGCGCCGCCUCUUUCCAGAAAUGUAACGUUGUUUCUGAAAGUGUCUGAUGUCAAUGACAAUCUCCCCACCUUCGAGAAGAGCUCAUAUCAGGCUUUUAUUUUGGAAAAUAACUCCCCUGGCCAGUCUGUUUUGGAUGUGAAAGCCAGAGACUCAGAUUGGAACCAGAAUGCUCGUGUUUCUUAUAUGCUGGAGGAAGGGACUGUAAAUGGCGCGUCUGCCUCCUCAUAUGUGUCUGUUAACUCUGACAGCGGAGUCAUUCAUGCGUUGCGCUCUUUUGACUACGAGCAGAUCAAGGAUUUCCAGUUACGCGUAAAAGCGCAAGAUGGAGGCUCUCCUCCACUGAGCAGUAAUGUGACGGUUAAAAUCUUCAUCCAAGACCAGAACGACAACGCGCCGCAGAUCCUCUACCCAGCACAGACUGGCGUCUCUCUGGUGGCUGAGAUGGUGCCUCGUUCAGCAGAUGUCGGCUAUCUUGUCACUAAAGUGGUCGCUGUGGAUGUGGACUCUGGACAGAACGCCUGGCUCUCAUAUAAACUGUUGAAAGCCACAGACAGGGCGCUGUUUGAAGUGGGCUUGCAGAAUGGAGAAAUAAGAACUGUACGCCCGGUCACUGAUAAAGAUGCUGUGAAACAGAGACUUACUGUUGUAGUGGAGGACAACGGGCAGCCCUCUCGCUCAGCUACAGUUAAUGUUAACGUGGCGGUGGCCGACAGCUUCCCGGAAGUGCUCUCGGAAUUCACGGACAUUACGCAUGAUAAGGAUUACAACGACAACCUGACUUUUUAUUUAGUCUUGGCCUUGGCUGUAGUUUCCUUCCUCUUCGUCUUAUCUGUAGUAGUUAUUAUAUCAGUAAAAAUCUACAGAUGGAGACAAUCUCGCAUUUUAUAUCAGUCCAAUCUCCCGGUUAUUCCGUAUUAUCCGCCCCAUUACGCAGACGUUGGAGGGACAGGAACUCUGCAGCACGUGUACAAUUACGAGGUGUGCAGGACAACUGACUCGCGGAAGAGUGACUGUAAGUUCCUCAGGCCCUGUAGUCAGAGCGUGCUAAUGGUGGACCCCAGUUCUACGAACACCAUGCAGCACACGAUGAAGGAGAAAAACAUUCUGGAUGAAUUUGAUUCUACAGAGGAGCAGAAAACUCCCAGUGACUGGCACUUCUCUCAGAACCAGAGACCUGGGACCAGCGGCAGAGGCAGGCCCCAGGGCACGCAGGAGAGAUGGCAUCCCCAUGGCAACAGCAGAGCUGGACCCCGCCCUGAGGACUCUGGAGCUGUGAGUGGGACCAGCCCCUGGCCCAACCCCCCCACCGAAGCCGAGCAGCUUCAGGCCCUUAUGGCAGCUGCCAACGAGGUGAGUGAUGCUACAGCUACCCUGGGCCAGCGCUACAAUCCCCAGUUCACUCUGCAGAAUGUUCCGGACUACCGGCAGAACGUCUACAUCCCUGGCAGCACCGCAACUCUGACAGCCAAUCAGCAGCAGCCGCCACAGCCAGCCCUCCCCCAGCCCCCACCUCCCGCCGACGCCCCCAAACCUGCACAGACCCCCGCCAGCAAGAAGAAGUCCACCAAGAAGGACAAGAAGUAGGAGGAAGAGGAGGAGGAGGAGGGUUUCCUUCUCUGUUCCAGGUGGAGAUGCUGCGAGCGUAAACAUGUCCGGCCGUUUGCCAGCCGUGUGUGUGUUAAUGGCAGUAUGGUUGUACUUCAGUGUGUGUUAAUGGCAGUAUGGAUGUACUUCAGUGUGUGUUAAUGGCAGUAUGGAUGUACUUCAGUGUGUGUUAAUGGCAGUAUGGAUGUACUUCAGUGUGUGUUAAUGGCAGUAUGGAUGUACUUCAGUGUGUGUUAAUGGCAGUAUGGUUGUACUUCAGUGUGUGUUAAUGGAAGUAUGGAUGUACUUCAGUGUGUGUUAAUGGCAGUAUGGAUGUACUUCAGUGUGUGUUAAUGGCAGUAUGGAUGUACUUCAGUGUGUGUUAAUGGCAGUAUGGAUGUACUUCAGUGUGUGUUAAUGGAAGUAUGGAUGUACUUCAGUGUGUGUUAAUGGAAGUAUGGAUGUACUUCAGUGUGUGUUAAUGACAGUAUGGAUGUACUUCAGUGUGUGUUAAUGGCAGUAUGGAUGUACUUAAGUGUGUGUUAAUGGCAGUAUGGAUGUACUGUUAACUGGGCUGGAGGGAUCGUGAUGGAAUCAUUUUUGUAAUUUCAACCAGGACAGAUUUGAGAUUGAUAAGAUAAUUCCAGGCUGUAUCCUCUAAGAUAGGUAUACAUCAAAAUGAAUACUUUCACUUAAAUAUUUUUGUCAUGUUGAAUAUUUUUGUUGUUAAAGUAGAUGCUUCUCGUGGUGCAAGAUUGAUAGUAUUUUUGCUGAGGUUAAUUUAGAGAGGAUGAGUUUUGGCUUUCUGCUGUAGGUUUUAGAUAUAAAGUGGACCUUGCAUGACCCAUCCUUAGCAAAAGACUUAAAACUACAGAACUUGCGCUAUGCAUCAAAUGAAAACAGUUUUUACAAUGAUCAGAGAAGAAUGUGUUAAGAAAACAGAUGCAUUAACUUGGCUUUUAGCAAUCAGCAAACUUAGCUCGGCUUGGAAAGUUAAAAUGAUUUGUAAGAUUUUAUGGUUCUUGAUGACACAUUUAGGUAGAAUUUUAGUGUGGUUUCAAGCAGAAAACCAGAUAGCAAGAGACUCUGGGCCGAAUCUAGGCUGAUUCCAGCCCAAAGUCAGCACUGCCGGGCCAGAAUCGGCACAGAUUCAGCUCAGAGUCGUUUGUGAUCUAAUAUAGUUCCAAUAUUCUCAGUGAGUCUCAGAAAAUGUUUGUUCUAACAUUUGUAUACUCACUGUUCUAAAGCUUUGUACUAAGUACUUGACAAUACUCUGUACAUGAACUCACAAUUUCUCUGCUUAUAUUCUCUUUCUCUCUCUCUCUCACACACACUCAUACACACUCACACACACACACACAGAAAGCAGAAUAUCAGAUCUCUGGACUAGGUUCACGGUGAUGAUUUCUGUCUUUUUUCUGAAUCAGAUAACGUGGGCGUCAUCCAGUACUGACCAAUCAGAGCAAAGCAGAGUACAGGUGUGUGGCACUGACCCAGUGAGGUCAGUGUGUGUCAGUGCAUGAAUACCGGAAUGGGCCAGAUUCCCACACACAGACCUUCUUUCUGACUGCUGUGGUCCUCUGUAAAUAACCACACAGGCUAAGAGCUGUGCGGCCCACAGUCCCUCCCACAUGGAUACUAAUAGAAUGUUUUACAUAAUUUUUAGAAAAAAGAAAACACCGAGAAGUGUUGAGUCCUGUUGGUGUUGCUUAGCACAGGAAGUGCUGCCCUUGUGUAGGAAUCCCGCUGUACAUAGUGAGCAGUGCGUCGCAGAGACUCUGUGGGGUGUGAUGCCUGUUCUUCUGUUUUAUCACCGGAACCAAGCUGCAGGAAACUGGAACAGAUCUCCUGUAGAUUUUCUGUGUUUGUAUUUUCUGUGUUUGUGGAAUUCCUUCCCUGUCUCAUAUAAAUGAAUAUAUAUGUGCCUGCUGCUCAGCUGCACUACACUUCUAUAUCUUCCCCUCAGUGUUAAUCAUUAAUUUUAUAUUAUAAUGUUUAUAUUUCUGUUUGUUAUUUCCACACUGACAUUUCAAAUAAAAGUUGAAAUGGUAACAUG